AUGGAGAAUAACGGAAGAACAACAAACAACCUGCCGCACAGUGAGUUUAGCGGGCGGUGUAGACUUUUAACGGUUGCGCAUCGUCGCAAGAUGGCGCCGACCGUGUGUGAAAACCGUGGAAAGGUGUGCGUUCGUCGGUUAUGUCGGUACAAUGGUGCGAUGCUGUGCGGAACGUUGGUAACAGUUGCGGUGUUGGUGCUGUUUGCACCGCACCCCGUGCAGGGCCAGCGCCCGCUAGGGAAUGCUACCUUCGGUGCGUCACACAACUCGUCCGGCGUGAUAAAUGUCCAUCCGGUGCUAACAACCAGCACCACCACCUCGACCGAGGCAACGCCACGCUCCAUGUUUCCGGCGUCUUCGUCCGGGUUCGAGGACGAAUCGUUCGAGGACGAUAGUUCCGAUCUGGAGGAGCACGACCAUGAUGACCACGAUGAGCACCAUCAGGAGGAGCACGGUGGGCAUAGUAGUGGCGGUGGCGGCAUCGGUACCUUUCCCCAGCCGAACGAGGUAAAUGCCGGUGCGAGCCGGAACGGGGGUCACGAUGGUGCACCGAUCGGUUCCCGGCAGCCUGGCAGCCGGCUGAUCAAUCCCUACUUUCCAACGCCCGCCUCCACGCAGGGUGGUUCGAAAACGACCGAACCACAGAACGGGCGACGGUUUAAUCCGGCCCGGCCGGGCCGCGGACGCAAAACGUCACCAAUCAACGAACUGCGCAAGUUGAGCAAGAUUUCGACCACCAACAUGAAUGGGCUGGAAUCGGGCGGUGAACCAAUAUCGUACGGUUCGACGACACACAGACGGGGUCAAACGGUGCACCAUGGUAGUGGUGCGAAUGCGUACGGGAAGGAGAAUGCGGGAGAGCGUGGUGGGAAUGGUGGCGGUGAUGGAACGGCGGAUGGGACGGAUACGAGAGGAAGCACUGGGCAGGAGCAGCAGCGUGGACGCGGUGCAGCGGAUCAUGGUAACCGGGGUCGAUCGGAUGCUGGCCGCGGACAUGGAGUUUUGAUGCAAUCGCCUGGAUACUAUACGGUCGGUUCGUCCUACAAUCGGCAGGGUGAUGAUCCGCUACGAACGUUACGGGCCCGUUACAAUGAAGAGCGGUACCACAACUCCGUCACGGACCAGGGCUCCGAGAUGGACGAGAUACUGGGCAUGAAGUGUAACUUUGAGUCGGAAUGUGCGUGGACGUGGGAUGAAAACGAUCAGCACGGUUUCCAGGUGGUAACUGGGAUGAAUCUAACCGAAUCGAACCGUACCGGACUGAUGCCGGGCCCCGGUGCUGAUCCGGCCCACAAUGCUAAUGGACACUUUCUUCACCUACGACUCACGCAAGACAGUCAACCGCAAAUACUCACCUCACCGGUGUUUGGUGCGACGAAGGAAAACUGCUACCUGGAGGUGUUUACCCAUCAGAGCGCAAUGCAUCACGGCAGUAUACGUAUCGUGAUUGAAACGAUAGGGAAUCAGGAAUCGAGCUGGGUGCCGGCCGAAAUUAUGGGCAACGAUCUACGCCGCUGGCAGAUAAAUACCUUCCGCAUCGAUCGCAUUUCGAAGGACUUUAAGGUGCUGUUCGAGGUGGUACCGAACAAGCUGGGCGGACAGGCACGUGGGCAUGUAAGUGUGGAUAACUUGCGGAUGGUGAACUGCUUCCCGGACUCGAUCAGCACCAACAACUGUAGCUACUCGCAGGUGCAGUGCACUGCUAGCAAGGUUCCCGUGUGCAUCAAAACACCAAAGAUCUGUGACAUCACAGUGGACUGCGAUGAUAGUGAGGACGAGACGUUAAAUUGCGACAAAAUUCCAUUCGGAGGUCGCUGUGACUUCGAAUCCGGCUGGUGCGGUUGGCAAAACUAUGGUAACGUUAUCCUGUCCUGGGCGAGACACUCCGGUCCAACGCCGACUGAGAAGACGGGCCCGGAUAUGGAUCAUACGCACGAAAACUCCAACGUAACCGGAUACUACAUGUUUGUCAACAUGAACCAGCACGCGAACGAUAGCGAGAAGAAAACGCUCGUUGGAUUGGCCAGCAAUGCGAUCAUGAAUAGUGUCGUCUUUAAUCCUCCCCCGUUGGUACAUACGAACGCAAGCUCACCGUACAGAAACUCGUGUGUGGUACGCUUCUACGUCCACCAGUACGGCAUGAACCCGGGAAGUAUCAAUCUGUCCAGCGUGGAGAUUCGGGAAAAGGAAAACUUUACCACCACGCUCUGGUGGAGCUCGAAGAAUCUAGGCGAAGACUGGGUGCGGGUGGACAUUAUCCUACCGAACAUUACCACCAAGUACUAUCUACAGUUCGAGGCACGCAUGGGAAUGCGCAUCUUUUCCGAUGUGGCGAUAGACGAUUUUUCCCUCAGCCCGGAGUGUUUCGGUUUGAACAUACCGGCGGAACAUCUGCACGGGUACAACUACUGGGAUCCACGGAUAGGUGGUGCCAAGCAGCCGCACAAAGAUUUCGUAGGAAAGUCAUUCCUGGAACUCAAUACCUGCGGUGCGAAGGGUCAGCAAGGUCCAACGCCGGCCGAUUGUCUGUCGUCCUACAACAAUACGGAAGCGUUCAGUGCGGUGCACGUUAUAGACAGCCAUCCAUUCAAGGGUAUCCAGGCGUGGAAGGUACCGAACGAGGGUUACUACACAAUUAUUGCCAAAGGUGCUGGAGGUGGGCUUGGAUCCGGUGGCGUUGGUUCCUCCCGCGGUGCGAUGGUUCUGAGCGUGCUGGAGCUACACAAGGAUGAGGAAAUUUACAUCCUGGUCGGACAGAGUGGAGAGCACGCGUGUAUUAAAUCGAUGGGCUACCGGGACGAGUCCUGUGAGAUGCGGAACAAGCAGCUCAACAUGGACACCUGGAUGCACUCGAAGACGCAGCAGGUGAAGAACACGAUCAUUGAGGAAGGUGCUGGUGGAGGUGGUGGUGGGACGUAUGUGUUUUUGUUGAACUCCGCAAACACAGCUGUCCCAUUGCUGGUGGCCGGUGGUGGAGGUGGACUCGGUGUGGGUCGCUAUCUGGACGAUGAUAUCCAGCACGGCAAGAAGUAUCUGUCGUUCAAGAAGGAUGUCUCGGGUACGGCCCACGGAGAAUCCACUCGACAGGCCGGUCCUGGCGGUGGUUGGCGUGCUCAGGCCGAUAUGGGACUCGAUCCGCACUAUGGCGCAUCGCUGCUGGAGGGUGGUCGCGGUGGACUUCCGUGCUAUACACCGCGAGGAACGCAUGGACAGGGUGGGUUCGGUGGUGGCGGUGGAGGAUGUGAUACGGGAGGUGGUGGUGGUGGAUACUCCGGCGGUGAUACGAUGAUCAAUUCUACCAACGGUGAAGGCGGAUCCUCCUUUAUGGCAUCGAAGCGCAACGUACCGGAACUGUCGAUGGAGUUUACCGGAGCAAAUGGUGGCCAUGGAGCGGUACUGAUCAUACCCGCCAUACAGGGCUGUGGAUGCGACUAUCGAUGUGUUGCGCUCGACGAAUACCGGGCAACGGUGGGAUGCAUCUGCCCGGAUGGAUGGACACUCAAGCCGGACAAUUAUACGGCAUGUGAAUUGCCCACGGAAACGGUGGAAAUGAAGUACCUAAUAAUGUUCUUUGUCGUCGUUGUGCUCGUACUCUGUGCCGCACUGGCUAGUCUUAUACUAAUACUUUAUAAUCGUUACCAAAGAAAGCGUCAGGCGGCUCUGAGGCAUAAGAUGCUGCUGGAGCAGGACCUGCAGCUAAGCCGGCUGCGCAGUACGGCCGACGAUUCGGCACUGACCAACUUCAAUCCGAACUAUGGUUGUGAUGGCAUCCUGAACGGGAAUGUAGAUGUGAAGAGUCUGCCACAGGUAGCUCGUGAAAGUUUGCGUUUGGUGAAAGCUCUUGGGCAAGGUGCUUUCGGUGAGGUGUACCAAGGUCUGUACCGUCAUCGUGAUGGUGACGCAGUGGAGAUGCCCGUAGCGGUAAAAACAUUGCCAGAAAUGUCGACCGGACAGGCAGAGUCCGAUUUCUUGAUGGAGGCGGCCAUUAUGGCAAAGUUCAACCAUCCGAACAUUGUGCAUCUGAUAGGCGUUUGCUUCGAUCGCCAUCCAAGAUUCAUUGUGCUCGAGCUUUUGGCUGGAGGUGAUCUGAAGAACUUCCUCCGGGAAGGUCGUAAUAAACCGGAACGUCCCUCGCCACUCACGAUGAAAGAUCUGAUCUUUUGUGCGCUGGACGUCGCCAAAGGCUGUCGGUACAUGGAAAGCAAGCGGUUCAUUCACCGUGACAUAGCCGCCCGGAACUGUCUGCUUAGCAGCAAGGGUCCCGGCCGCGUGGUAAAGAUUGCUGACUUCGGUAUGGCGCGUGACAUCUACCGCUCGGACUACUAUCGCAAGGGUGGCAAAGCGAUGCUCCCGAUCAAGUGGAUGCCACCGGAAGCAUUCCUGGACGGUAUCUUCACCUCCAAGACAGACGUCUGGUCCUUCGGUGUGUUGCUUUGGGAAGUUUUCAGCCUUGGUCUGAUGCCGUACACCGGUUUGCCCAACCGCGACGUGAUGCAGCUGGUAACGGGUGGUGGUAGACUUGACGCUCCCCAGGGCUGCCCAAUGGCCGUGUACCGCAUCAUGGCGGACUGUUGGAACCCAACGCCGGAGGAGCGUCCAUCGUUCUCGAACCUGCUCGAACGGCUAACGACGUGCACGCAGGACCCGGAAGUGAUGAAUGCCCCACUGCCGAGCUUCUUCCGACCACCGUCAAAUGAGCGCGAUACGACGAUAAUGCGCCCGCCUGGGAACGAUGACUUCUGUCUGCAGGUGCCCAACUCCUCGGACUAUCUGAUACCGCUGCCUGGGCCACGUUCUGUUGCGGAACGUUUGCUGAGCGAAGCGACCGGUGUCACCAUUCCGGAUACGCUGAUGACCUGUACGCCACCGAAGAAUGCAUCGCCGCGUAUCGUGAACGGUCAUACGGUGGUUGUGUCGAAUGCUCUGGUAGGACAUGGUGGUCCUCCACAGCAACAACCACUUACGACUGUCACUGAUGGCGCUUGCUGGGAAACGUCCUUCAUCCGUAAACACCCGGGACAGGCAUGUCCGGCCGGUGUUCCACUACCACCACCGCCGGUACUCGAUCCGGCCGAAGCAGUCCUUCCACCAAACGGUCCCACGAUGAUUCCACCUGUACCGGAUGUAGCUGAUAAGCUGAUUUCGCUCGAUACUCCGCAACAGACACCGACCGCCAUACAACCGCCCAUCUCGUUCAGCAAUCCAAUCAGUGAGCUUGGCGAUGGUUCACCGCCUGGUCAACCGAAUGGUGGACCGUUGACGAACGGAAACGGUCACAACCAUGGUCCACCGAUGGUGGAGUCACCGAUAGAAACGGCGAAGCUGCUCAGUAGUAUACCGCCACCGAUAACGCUCGACCCGGCGGCACUCAGUAUGCAGCAGAACCAUGUCGUCGGUACGUCCUACGCCAACAUCCGCAUGAUGAGCAAUGCGAACGGGAAUGGCUCGAACCACAACCACACCAACCACAACAACAACAACAACCAUGGCGAUCAUGGCGUUAUUGUGGAUAAGCUCAGCGGAACCGGGGGCAUGGUGAUGACGACCAUACCGGGCUACAGUAACGGGCCGACAGGCAAUGGUGGCAUUAAUGGUGGUAAUGGCGGUGGCAACGGUAGCACCAAUCACAACACCAACGGACACCAUGGACAUGGUCACGGUGGUGGCAAUGGGGGUAAUGGUGGAAGCGAUAAAGGGUCGGGUGGCGGUGGUGGUCAGGAUCCUUCCAGACAGGCGGCACCCUUUACGAUCCAGACGUUCAGCGAGCGGUACAUCAGUCCGGAAAAUCAUUCCGAAAUUAGCUGUUAA